CGCUGUGCCUCGGGAGCGGGACGUGCCAAGCGAGGCCGAAGCUCCCCCUGCCCAGGAGCGCGUGUGCGUGUGUGUGGGGCCGCGGUGUGUGCCUGAUAGGAAACCGUAAAAGCAGCGAGGCAGGUCAUUCGGGGAGCGAGUCCGUCCCAGCGCUGGGCACCGCCGCCGCGCAGAGCAGCAGCCGGACGGCAGCGGCGCCGCCAGCAGCGCAGAGCAGAGCGGAGCGGGCCGGGGCGGCCGCGGCAGCCCCUCCCGGGGCCUGGGCCCCCUGCCCCGGCUGCUGCUGCUGUGCUGGCCGCGGGCCCCCUCCCCGCGGGCAGCGCCCAUGAGCUCCUACUUUGUCAACCCGCUGUACGCCAAGUACAAGGCGGCGGCGGCGGCGGGCGAAUCUCUGGGCCCCGCGUACUACGACUGCCCCUUUGCGCCCGAGCUGAGCGGCCGCCACGCCGCCGCCCUGCUUUACGGGACCAGCGCGGCCGCCGCGGGCUUCCAGCCGCACCCCGGGCCCGGCGGCGGCGGCCCAGACUAUUACCUGCAGGCCGGGGGGAGCCCCGCGGCUGCCUACCAGCCGCCUCCUCCCCCCGCUCCCGCGCCGCCUCCUCCUGCCCCCUGCGGCGGGAUUACCUGUCACGGGGAGCCCGCGAAAUUUUACGGAUACGAUAAUUUACAGAGACAGCAGCUUUUUACGACCCAGCAAGAGGCCGAGCUGGUACAAUAUCCUGACUGUAAAUCGUCCAGUGCUAAUAUUGGCGAGGAACCAGACCACUUAAAUCAGAGCUCGUCUCCCGCUCCAAUGUUCCCCUGGAUGAGACCGCAAGCGCCUGGUAGGAGGAGAGGAAGACAAACAUACAGUCGUUUCCAGACGCUAGAGCUGGAAAAGGAAUUUCUGUUUAACCCUUAUCUGACACGGAAGAGAAGGAUUGAGGUAUCCCACGCGCUAGGACUCACCGAGAGGCAGGUAAAGAUCUGGUUUCAGAACAGGAGGAUGAAAUGGAAAAAAGAAAACAACAAGGACAAAUUCCCAGCUUCCAGGCAGGAGGGAAAGGAAGGGGAGGCCAAAAAGGAAGCACAUGAUCUGGAAGAAGACAGAGCUGAAGGCCAGACGAAUUAAGUUUUGCCUUUAAACAUUAAUAAAAGAUUAUUGAAAAUAACGAUCCACAUAUGCUGGGAAACACGGCCGGUUUUCUUUGUUGCAAAGGUCCUUAGUGUGUUUCAAGCUAUCCUAUGUCAUUAGGCUUGACGUUUCUGUGCUUUGUGUUUUUUGGUUUUGUUUUUACUGUAUCAAGCACAAUCUCUAGCUCACUUACUCUUAUUUACAUGGAAAUUUGAUACCGAAUUUGUAUCAAUAUAUUUUAUUGUAAUUUUCCAAUGUUUAAAAGAUGGUGAUUACUGUCAACGACAUAAACUUCCUAAUGAUAAGUACCAAUAAGUGAGACAUAUAAAAUGCUUUAUUAAUCAGAACAAGUGCACUUGUACUAUUUUAAACUUUUUCCUAUAUUAUGUUGAGUAAGUUAAAGAAAUCUAAUAAUUUUGAAGAAAUUAUCUUAUUAAAAUAUUUACCUUCUAUUAUUGCUAUUGAUUAAAAUAAACAUAAUUUUAUUCAAAUGUAA